AUGGUACCGGCAGCUGCCUACGAACGUUUGAUCUCGAGCAACAAUCUCAUUCUUCUGAGCCAAAUAUGCUUUCCUUGGGAUAUUGUUUUGCUUGCUAUCAAUCAAGACAAUCUACAGUACAACUUCACAGCCGCUGCAGAGGCACUAUGGUCUAAGAUGGUCGGCAUACCUGCAGAUUGUGAGAGCUGCAUCCAUCUCGACCUGACUAUGUCAGGAGCGGCUUUCACAAGUACAGAAGACGAGAUCCUCGAGCUUGUGGUAAGACAGACUGAAAUGACGAGAGAGAUACAGCAGAACCUUUGGCUGCGAUCACCUGCCCUGCGAGGCACUAUUCAACGAGCGCUAGUCCGGUAUGCCCAGAAAGUUGCAAUAAGCCAAGCUGAAACCAUAUUUGGCACGCAACAAAUACCAGUCGUGAGUUUCGAUGGAGAAGCAAGAUCUAUGAACGACCUCGAAUUAGAUUUGGUGGCUCAAUUGGUUCUCAGCACACAUAGGGCUUAUCACAGCGCAUGGAAAGCAUUUGCACAUAUUCACAAUAUCCACAACAGCAACGAAGUACCCCCACCUGCAUACGAGAAAGUAGAUACGGGUGGCUUGACAGGCAAACGCCCUGAUUCAAAUACAGAAGCAUCAAUGUGUUAUUGCUGGAUCUGCGAGCGUGUCGCGGACGAAGUGCAAGACUCAGCUGACAAUAUAAGUCCACUAAUGCGCACACUGAGUCUGGUAUCUUCAUCCGAAGAAAUGGAUGAGAAGAGAUCGACUUACUCUGAUUCAUCAUCUGAGACAGAGGAGAUAUGUUUACACCUCAAACUCUCUCGGCGUCAGAUCAAAGCUAUCACGGUGGAUAUAGGUCUCUAUCGAUAUAUAGAGGCCGCACGUCAUACACGGGUCAACAUGGCUGCUUCUUCAUCGCCCUGA